AUGUUAGGGAUUUUUUCAGAGGAAAAUGGGAUGUCCAAUGUUUAUUUUAGCGAUGAGUCACACUUUCACCUCGAAGGGUACGUCAAUCGCCAAAAUUGCCGUUACUGGUCACCCAGCAAUCCAAAACAAAAACAUCAGAAGGCAUUACACAGCCCCAAAGUUACUGUAUGGUGCGCAAUAUCGGCGAAGAAAAUCAUCGGGCCAUUUUUCUUCGAGAAUGAUCGAGGUGCAACGGUUACAGUGACGAGCGAGCGGUAUAUCGACAUGAUUAAUAACUUUUUUGUACCGCAGCUGCAAGAAGAGGAUGUUGAUCAGUCCGGUGUAUGGUUUCAGCAAGAUGGGGCCACAGCCCACACAGCUAGGGUCACCAUGGACACACUAAAAGCGUUGUUUCCGGGAAAAAUCAUAAGCCGCUUUGGAGACAUAUUGUGGCCACCCAGAUCUCCCGACUUAACCCCAGCUGACUUUUUUUUAUGGGGUUAUCUUAAAGCAAGAGUUUUUGAUACCCCUCUUACGAAUUUAGAGCAGCUGAAGACUAAAAUAACGACAGAAGUGAGGGCCAUAUCAAUUGACGUUCUGCAGCGUGUUUCUGCAAAUUCGUUAGUCCGCUUUGAAGAGUGCAUUCGUCGUGAUGGAAGACAUCUUGACGGUGUAAUAUUCCGUACAUAA